AUGGAGAGACGUGCCUGCUAUUCACCAAUCGGGUCUGUCCUCCCUCAGGUAGGGAGUCACGUCACGGGGGGAGAUGUGUACGGUUCGGUUCUGGAGAACUCAUUAAUAAGACACAAGAUCCUGGUGCCCCCGAAGAGCAGAGGAACAGUCACCUUCAUCGCUGUGGCUGGUCACUACGACACGACUGAGGUGCUCUUGGAGCUGGACUUUGAAGGGCUAAAGGAGCAGCUGACCAUGGUCCAGGUCUGGCCAGUGAGACAAGUGAGGCCUGUAUCUGAGAAACUACCAUCUAACCACCCCCUGCUGACUGGGCAGCGAGUCCUCGAUGCCCUGUUCCCGUGCGUUCUGGGAGGGACGACAGCCAUUCCCGGAGCAUUCGGCUGUGGGAAAACCGUCAUCUCCCAGUCGCUAUCGAAGUUCUCCAACAGCGACGUCAUCGUCUACGUGGGCUGCGGGGAGCGAGGUAACGAGAUGGCCGAGGUUCUGAGGGAUUUCCCCGAGGUAAGGAGGGCAGGAGCGGGAGGGGGCAGCGGAAG